UCCAGUUCCACCAAAUUCAGAGUUCACGUAUAAAUUCAAUAUUUUAAACUACGAGUACUAACAAUACGUAAUUAAAAUGUGGAGUGAGCAUAAGCGAAGGAGUCGUAGCGCCAUCGCAGGAAAAUCAAAUCUCAGAUUUGUACCGAGAACGAAAUGGGACUUACCGAGGCAGAAGUCGAAAUCUUACUGGAAGAACGUGUUCGAGGACCUGGACAGCCGCCACUCAAAAAAACCUUACUGCAACUCCCAGCAACUGAGGCGAUUCCUUCCCUUCAAGUCCUACAACCUCGUUGCCCCCAUCCUAGGAAUGCCAGAGUGGCACCCGAAACGCUGGUCCGCCUUGAAGAGCGCCAGAAGUCUGAAAGCCCUCAAGUCAAAAAGGGUGACAAUGGCAAUGGCGAAUGCCUCAUCGGUAUCCGUCAUCUCGAGACAGACGGAAAGUGCAGACGACGUCGACCUGAUCGUGCACCCUCCAUCACUGCGGACGUCUCUCGACGAGGACUUCCGCAAGCAGAAGAAGCCAAAUCCCUACGCCGCCUUCCUCAGCAAGCCACGGCGAAAAGCGGUGAUCUGGCGACCUCUGGUGAUGCGAGACCUCGAGGGCUACGACCCAGAGUCAGCACUGAAGAACCGAGCUGCCAGAGUAACCGACAAAAUCUGCAAAGACUUCUGCGACUGGCUGAGAUCCCUCGGCGGUGCUCACGACACCAUCGACGAGGACAUCCUCAAGGAUAUGUUCGAGACGGACUUCACGGCUGAAGCGUGCAGAACGAUGCAGGUCUGCAUCAGAGAAAUGCCUAUGGUACCGACUGUCGUGGCAGCCAUGAGACAUUGCCCAGAGAGCGGUGAGCCCGAAGUUACCCGACGGCAACUUAUCAGGGACGUCCGGGCAGAGAGAAAACCACCGAAAAUCCUGGGCUUUGGAUCGACGGUGCCCCAUCAUCUGAGAUAUGUACCACCCAACAAUAACGUCCACGAUAAAUGGAUCCACUGCGCGAGUGUUCCCCAGGACUUGGAGAGCAUGAGCUUCGUCUGGCAGGAUAUCACGCAUUUGGACAGCGUCAGGGGAUUCUCUGAUUGGCUUCGCAACCAGUCCAAUGUGAAGCUGCCAGUGGCGCUGCUGAGGGUGAAAAAGACGAAAGGGGCAAAAAGAUAAAGGGAAAAAAUAGAAGAAAACUGAAAUCCUUUGGCUAUUCAAGAGUCAUGAAUUCGAAGCGGUUACUAUUGAUGAGUACCACUCCACUGAUUGCUUCCAAUUUGUUAAACCGAGUUCACACAAUCACUGGGGAAUAUGUGCCCACAACUUUGAAUUUGUUGAUCAAACUAUUGGAGAGUUAUAAUGAUGUUUCAUUGGGAAUAUAUCCGAAAACUUUUGAUCCCGAUAAAAUUCGGAUUUUGCAUGAACUUUAAUGAAUAUGAAACCUAAUCCCACCCCAUUGAAUAUUGAUCGAGUGUCUGUUUGGUACCUUCCCUAUUCGCCAAUCCUAUAAAUAAGGUGAGACAGAAUGUCAAAUACGGAGCGGUAAGAUCUGCAUCUGUCUGUGACAAGGAGUCAACGUGGGUGUUUACGAGCAUGCGAUGAAAGGAAAAAAAAAAUACAGACUCACCUCUACCGCAUGAUUUCACACACACCCGAAAAUUCAUUCGGAAAUUAGAUGGGCUGGACUUCCGGUGCGCUCAUUAGUUCAUCGAAUCCAUUGUGCCACCAAGUUCGCAUGUAGUGACGCCCAGGUCGACGCUCUAUAUCUGCUUUCUAACUAGCCUCCUCUCAGCUUGAAACCAUCAGCUUCCCAUUGUCCUGCAAAUCCGGUAUAUUUAUAUCUUCAAAAAGUUUGACACUGAGAUUGGUCCAUUGUCAUAUCCUGUAA